AUGCAGAGAGUGGCAUACAAUGAGUGCCUCCACAACCAUGCUGCCAAUCUGGGUAGAUACAUGGUGGAUGGAUGCCAUGAGUACAGCCCAAAGAUUAUUAGCGCUGAUCUCCUUUGCGCUGCUUGUGGCUGCCACCGAAACUAUCACAGGAAAGUAACCAUUUUCGACCCUGACAAUACUGAAGCCAGUGGCAAUCACAGCCCUGGCGAUCACAACUUAAUCACCCCAAAAGAAGAGAGUUUUGACCAUGAGGCAGUGCCGCCGAUGAUCGGCACUGGUGGAGAGGAUGAGAGGUUGAACCAACUGGUGGAUCCUGCCCAGCAUGAAAAGAAGAAGAGGCCGAAAUCCAGAUUUACCAAGGAGCAAGUCGAGCAGAUGCGAGCUUUCGCUGAGAACUUAGGGUGGUCGACGAGGGACCGGAGCCGCGUGCCUGAGAUUAUGGUGUUCUGCGCCAGCAUGGGCAUCACCAAGGUCGUGUUCACGACUUGGCUGUAUAAUAACAAGAAGCAUUAUGGCCGUGGUUCUAGUUCUAAGAAAAACAGUUCCUCGACGAGGGACGGGAUCUGA